AUGAAAAAAGAACAGUCGUAAUUUUUACGCAGGAUUUAUGCAAGUACUUUUACAUGGUCUCGAGAUUCUCAUGGGCUUUUUGAUUAUGAGUCCAGCCAUAUAAGCAAAAAGCUUUUUAAAAUUACUGAAAAUUCAAAAAUUGUGAGGGCUGGAAAUGAAACUCAUAUACAAGCCCAUAAUUCAGAGUUGGCAAAUAGCUCCUUGCUACUAUCAGUAAAUCCCAUAAGGUAUCAUGCCGUAAUAAAUUCUGCGGAGCAGGAAUCCUUGUGGCUUGCUUUAAGGAACUAUAAGUCAUCGUCUCAGCCAAAAACAUACACAUUAAAAGAAAAUGAUAUAAUAAAACUUGGCAGACUAAAAUUCAGAGUAUGCUCAUUAAACAAUGAUUUAAUAGAGCCAAUAACCCAAGAAGCUAUAAACCCCGAAAAUACUGAAAAUGUGUGCAGAAUCUGCUUAUGCGAUACUAAUGAGCCAAAUAAUCCUCUUAUCUCUCCUUGCAUGUGUUCGGGAACAAUGAAAUAUAUUCAUGUCCUUUGCUUACAAAAAUGAAUUUCCUCAAAAUUAAGUACUAAAGAAGGCGAAAAUUCAGUCAUUUAUUGCUGAAAAUCCAUGGACUGCGAAUUAUGCAAGCAGCCUUUUCCAACAAAAGUAAAGUCAGGGAGAAAAACAUAUGAAAUUUUUAUAGCAGAAGGAAUAACCACCCCUUAUAUCGUGCUAGAAGCAAUGAAUAAAGAUCAUAAUAGCCAUAGAUAUCUUUAUUUGGUCUCUUUUAUGAAUAAAUGUAUAGCAGUUCUUGGAAGAGGGCAUGACUCCGAUGUUAGGAUUUCUGAUAUUUCAGUAUCAAGAAGCCACGCAAGUAUCAAAUAUGAGGGAGGGAAUUUUUUGCUUGAAGAUAAUAUUAGCAAAUUCGGGACUCUAGUCAAGCUCGAAGAAAGCUACAAGCUAAGCUACGAAAGUGAGCUAAUGCUCCAAGUAGGGAGAACCCUGGUUGAGUUCUCAAAUAAGAAAAGAAAUCUGAAUGACUAA